AUGAAUCUGGCCGUUUCAGCUUUACCAAAGAAAAUAUUAUAUCUAAUAGUCAUUUUCUUCCUAUUAUAUUGGUUCGGUAUCAGACAUGGUUUAGGUAUAGAAAGAAUACCACCACCACCUUUAGGUUUUUCUAUACCUGGUGGUAGAAGAGGUAGACAUUCUUCUUUGAUUUGGGGUAAAACGGGUAUGGUAACUUUGAUACAUAGUAGAUUUACAGAACAUCCAUUUUACGAAUUAAUGGAAAAAGCAGAAGAUAAUUGGAAUCAUUUAAUUUCAACACAAUCAAAAUCUUUAGAACAAGCUUAUAAUCAAUAUAGGAAACGUUAUAAUAUAAAACCUCCAAUAGGUUUCGAUUCUUGGUUUCUAUUCAAUCAACAAAACGAUAUAAAAAUAAAAGAUGAAUUUAAUUUCUUGAUGAAAGAUUUAUUACCACAUCUUUCUUUAAAACCUGAAAUAUUUAUAAAAAGAUCAGAAGAAUUAGAAAAUAAACCUUUUACGUAUACUUUGGAAAUCGAUAAAGAAAAACCUACGAUAGUGAAAGGACCUAGGGCGAAGAAUUUUAGACCGGGUCAAAUGAAAGAGAUGAUUGAUAGUUUUAAGGAAUGGUUACCUGAUGGAUUUAAAUUGAAAAUAACUGGAAGUGAUCAUGAUACUGGUAGUCAAGUAUUGGGUAGGGAUCAAAGGGAAAGAGCUAUGGAAUUGGUUAAAAUGGGUAAAUAUUUCGACGAUGAAGAAUUAGAAAAAUUAGAAGAUCCAGAUAGGACACCAGCAUGGGGAUGGUUUAAAGCUUGCCCACUAGAUUCACCCGCCAAUAUUCGACCGGGGGCUGAGAAUGCUACCAAUGAGAUUUUGCCUAAAACCUUCAUUUAUGAUCAUUUACCCACUAUGGACUUUUGUGAUUUUCCAGAGUUGAAGAGGUUACAUGGGGCUAUGUCGAUCGACUGGAAGAACCGAUCACCAUCCGUACUCAAACCAGCUCUGAUUCUCUCGAAAUUCCCAGCGGACUCUUCCUUCCAAGUCACACCAAUGGAAGGAUAUCAAAACCUCACUCAAGAAUCCUUAGACGAACUCCCUUCAUGGGAAGAGAAAACGGACAACCGUCUUUUCUGGCGAGGGUCAAGUACGGGAGGAUACAACGUCCACAGAGAUUGGAAAGAAUCACAUCGAUUUAGGUUACAUUUGAUGGUCAAUGGACCUAAAGGUGGUGAUGCUUGGUGGGCCAAUCAGGCGAGGGAUGUUAUCAUGCCAGAUGGUCAAGGUGGAUAUAAAACGGUUAGAAGAUGGGAUAGAACUUUGAGUAAAGCUUAUGUUGAUGUGAAAGUUUCGGGAAAGUUGAUUGCUUGUCCUCAAGAACAUCCCGAUUUAUGUGAAACAAUAAAAAACACCAUCGAAUUCGGUCAGCAAGUAUGGCCGCAUCAAGCCGUAGCGUUCAAAUACCUACUAGAUGUCGAUGGUAAUGGUUGGUCUCAAAGAUUUCAUAGAUUGUUAGGAUCAGGAAGUCCUGUUAUUAAAUUCACAAUGUUCCCGGAAUGGCAUCAGGUAGUACCGUGGUAUCACUACAUUCCACUCAAACCAGAUUACUCAGAUUUAUACGAUAUCAUGGCUUUCUUCGUCGGUCCAGUAGAUGAAGAUGGGAAUGUUGACGAGAGUAAAGGUCAUGACUAUCUGGCAAGAAAGAUAGGAGAAGCUGGUCAACGUUACGCUUUAGAACAUUGGUCAUGGGCAGAUAUGCAAUCUUACAUGUUCCGCCUUUUGCUGGAAUUACAAAGACUUCAUUCGAUAGAUCGUGAAGCGUACACUUUCAAAUUGCCUUCAAAGGGAAAGGGACAGUAA